CCUUCCGCAGUUGAAUGACUGAACCUUUGGAAAACUUCGCGGGCAGACAAUGAAGCUAACGUCGGUUCCUAAUAUUUUGGUUAUAUCUUUAUUUAUUUUCUCACAGUUUGUUCAUGGGCUGGAUGAUUGCAGAAGUGGAAUGUUUCCACCUAAAGGACCAACGUUUAAAGGUAAUGUGAGCUGGUACACUGUAAAUCUCGAUUUACCCCCUAGUGAGAGAUGGACGCAAGUGAUCAAAGAUAAAAACACAGAGUUGUUCACAAUGGUACAGACAAUAAAAGACAUCGCCAAGGGCUUUUUCCAUGGAAAACUUAUUGAUUUAGUGGACGAGGAGCUGCCAUUGAUUGUGGACACACUUCCACACCCUUUCAAUGAAGAAAUUAAGGGAAUAGCAGCUGUUUCUGGCAUCCCUCUGGGUGAGAUUACGCUGUUCAAUAUCUUUUAUGAGGUUUUCACUGUUUGCACAUCACUUAUUGCAGAAGACUUUAAUGGAAAUAUUUAUCAUGCCCGGAAUUUGGACUUUGGGCUAUUUAUGGGGUGGGAUCGACAGAAUAAAACAUGGACUUUAACCGAGAAGCUUAAACCUCUUGUGGUAAAUGUCAAUUUCGAAAGGAAUAACAAAACCGUGUUUAAAUCAACAAAUUUUGCUGGAUAUGUUGGCAUGCUCACUGGAGUUAGACCUGGUGAACUGACCCUAACAAUGAACGAGCGUUUCAACUUUGAUGGGGGUUAUAUUGGGAUUCUGGAAUGGAUUAUUGGCAAGAGAGAUGGAAUGUGGAUGGGUUUUCUUACUCGCAAAGUCCUGGAAAAUGCUACAAGUUACGAGGAUGCCAAAGCCCAGCUCUCUCUGACGAAACUGCUAGCACCUGCUUACUUCAUCUUGGGUGGUAACCGAACGGGACAGGGUUGUGUGAUAACCAGGACUAGAAUAAACACGUUAGACAUCUGGGAACUUGAUAUGGAGCUUGGGAGAUGGUACGUCCUGGAAACGAACUAUGAUCACUGGGAAAAGCCUAUGAUCUUAGAUGACCGCAGAACACCGGCAAUGAAGUGCAUGAAUCAAACCACACAAGCGAACAUUUCUCUGUCAUCAAUAUAUGAUGUUCUGUCAACAAAACCAGUUCUUAAUAAGUUGACAACCUACACCUCAUUAAUGGAAGUGUCAACUGGAACUCUGGAGUCUUAUAUCAGAGACUGUCCAAAUCCAUGUACACCGUGGUGAUCUGCCAUCAUCUCUGAACGAGCUGAGGCGUCAGGCAUAUAGAAUACUGUUCUUGAUCUGUUAUUACAGGGCCAAUGUACAUGUACAGGAAGGUGUAAAAAAAAAAACGUAAUGGUCGCAAUUCUACCUCUGAAC